GUAGGUCACAUUUACAUGAAUGGGUGGUGAAUCCCGUGCUGUUUCCUAGCGGAAAGGGCGCUGAAGUUGCUGGGAAAAAAUAGAUAUAUUUGGUCUUUUUUUAAGGCGUAAACAUACGCGCGGGAUGAUUUUGCUCCAAGGACUAAAAGUCCGGAGAGUCACAGAGGACUAAACCCACUGCCAAGAUCGACCGAACUGGGUUCCGAACAGUCUGUUAACGUUGAGGGGAGUGCAACAGAAGCACGGGGGUGCCUGGCAAUGCCUGGAGACGGCAUGAACUCUCUGAUCCAGAAAAUAGCUCGUCAAGCCGUAGUCACUUUCCGUAAAAAUGGCGGCAUAGGGUCGUCAGACGGAAAAGGCUUCUCGGAGAACAUAAACCAGCUAAAGAAACUGGUGAGCGAGAUCCGAGCCGAUGUAAAGAUCAGCCCUCAAAAAAUCAACCAAGGGCCUAUCUCUUUCCUGCACAACCCGCCUGUCACCUACAUGCACAUCUGCGAGAAUGACUGCUUCAGCAUGGGUGUAUUUCUCCUCAAGGGCGGCUCUAGCAUCCCACUGCACGAUCACCCGGGGAUGCACGGGAUGCUGAAGGUGCUGUACGGCAAGGUCCGCAUUAGUGGCUUUGACAAGCUGGACUCCAAUCAUCAUCAUCCACCAAAUCCGCCUGUGCAUCAGUUUAACCCCCCGCUGUCAUCUUACCAAAAACCUUCCCUGCGCCGGGCAGCGCUGCGCUCCGUGGGGGAGUUCAGUGAUGCCAGUGGGCCCUGCCUCCUCGGACCUCACCUAGAUAACUUACAUCAGAUAACCGCAUUAGACGGGCCUGCGGCUUUCCUGGAUAUCCUGGCUCCACCUUAUGACCCUGAUGAUGGGCGAGACUGUCACUACUAUAAAUUACUACAGCAGACAUCGGGCGAGCCAGGAGGGAAAGCAGAGGGAGAUGGUCCUGUGUCUGCAGCUGGUGCUGGAGCCCCCCCUAUGGAGGUGUGGCUGCUGGAAAUCCCACAACCUGCUGACUUCUGGUGUGGGGGUGAACCAUACCCUGGGCCUCAAGUGUCUAUCUGAUUCUUUAUGGAUUCUAUCCCCUGCAAUAGCUUUUCAUAUUUCCAUUAUGUCUUAGAUCCCUUUAACCUCUUGGCAGCCAAAGGGAGCUGUAAGGUAUUACCUACUAGCAAUCCUUGGUGGCAGCUAGGUGGUUAAGGGAAUCUCAGCAGAACACUAAAGAUGGGCAGUCACCUGGACAUCAGAUUUUUGUAUCAAAAAUAUCAGAGCUAUGUCAGUAGCUGUAUUUUACUUAAUGAAAAUAACAUAUCUUUUGUUGUGGGUGUACUCCACACAUGAUCAGCAACCUCAUAUGUUCCUUUCAUUCAUGUCUUAUAUUUUUAGGAGUGGAAAAAGGUUGGAGCCUCCUUAAAAUGUACCUAAACAAAAUUUAUAAUAUAUUUCUAUGUAAGCACUCACUUCAUGGCUCUUAAAUCUUUGUAUAUUGUCCACUCUAUAUCUUGGUUAUUAUUUUUAUCCAGUGGGUGUGAGCAAUGCAUUACAUUCUAAUUGGAAAAAAAUAACCACAUUGUAGUUAACUUAUUGAAAGCACACUUGUGCUCAAUGUAAUUGUUUUCACAUUUUUCAAUUAUGACUGAAAAAGUUUGUUCUUGUGGUAAACCUACAUAAUUUUUUUUUUCCUUUCUUGUUUUGAAUCUAAUUAAAUUUAUAGGUAAUUUCAAAAUCAUUUGUUACUGACCGGAACCACGUUGUCUGUCUACACUUUUUCUUUUUUUUUUCUUUUAGUGCUCUUUGAUUAAAAAAAAAAUUCUCUUAAAUUUAGUAUUUUAAAGAAAAGUUAAUACUUAUAUUCAUAAAUACAUAAUGAAGUUUGAAAGCUAUUUUAACAUGUAUAAUUUUUGUGUCUAGAUUCCAUAUAUAUUUUGUAAUAAACUGCAUCAGUUCUGUUUUAUGUUUGUGCCAAACAUAAACGACCACAAGUGUGUAAGGAGAAAAAUCUUCUUACACAUUUGUAAUAGAAACAGGAAUAAAAAUUGAACAGCUUAAAGGGACACUGAACCCAAAUUUUUACUUUUGUAAUUCAGAAAGAGCAUGCAAUUUUAAGCAACUUUCUAAUUUGCUCCUAUUAUCAAUUUUUCUUUAUUCUCUUGCUAUCUUUAUUUGAAAAAGAAAGCAUCUAAGCUUUUUUGGUUUCAGUACUCUGGACAGCACUUUUAUAUUGGUGGAUGAAUUUAUCCACCAAUCAGCAAGGACAACCCAGGUUGUUCACCAAAAAUGGGCUGGCAUCUAAACUUACAUUUGUACAUUUCAAAUAAAGAUACCAAGAGAAUUAAGAACAUUUGAUAAUAGGAGUAAAUUAGAAAGUUGCUUAAAAUGUCAUGUUCUAUCUGAAUCACGGAAGAAAAAAAUUGGGUACAGUGUCCCUUUAAGUGAUAUUUUUGUAGUUUUAUAAGAUCUCUUUAAAAACAUGACUACUCAUUUUCCACAAAAGUAUUAGGUGGCAAGUUAAAAACCCUUUAAAAUGGGGCUGUUUUAUAUACAGCAUUAUUUGUUUUGUAAUCUGUCAGAAGUUUCCAUGGCAACCUCAAAGAUAAGGAGGCUCUGGGAUGAUACUUAUCAUGUACUCAUGUUUAUACCACUUCUGUAUUCUGAUGGUUUACAUUCAACAUUUCUAUUUACAGUAGUACAAUAGUUCUUUUGUUAAUAGUACACUGUUCAGUGUGUAUUGCUGCAUAAUGAUUAUUGUAUAGACUGACAGGUCUUGCUAUUAAUCAACAUUAGAUUGUAGCUCAGGCACUAUCUUCCCCCUUCACACCACUGUGUAUGACAAUAUUGAGGACGUGCAUGAGCGGAGUUUGGGAGGGGUCUUCUUUCUAACCAAAAAUAGAUCAAAACACUUCUGAAUGUAUAUUACACAUUUUUAUUUUAGUUAGCAUUAAAUUUAUUUUAAAAUGUCGUCAUUGAUUAAGAAUUAAAGGUAAAACUGAAUUCAUAGAUAACUAUCGUAAAUAAUGCAUUCAUUUAUUGGCCAUCUGUUAAAUGAUAAUAAUUGUAAAUAUAUGGAGCACAUAGUAUGGGUUUGAAUCUGUACCUGCUGUCUGUUUGCACACUGUAAAUAUAAUCUUUUUUCAUCUUUUCUCUCA